GCGCCAUGGCUGCGGAGCGGACCUGGCCGCUGCGAGGCUCUGGCGGCCCGAGCGCGCCUAGUUGGUGUGAGCCCGGCGCGAGGUCCUGGGCCCCGGGGCGCUCGCUCAGGUCAGUGCCGCGCGGAACACGGCUCCGGGAGUAGGGGACCUGGGAGCGGCGAACGGGUUGAAGGGAUCUGGAGUUGAUUUAGAGAUGGGAGAACUGAGUGACUGCCUCCUGGAGCCUCAGUUUCCUUAGCUGCGAAAUGAGUUAACCGUGAUGUCCCAGGGCUGUUAAUGAGUUUGAAGGAUGAAGCAGUGUGGAGAGGUGGUUUGUGAAGUACAAAGCGCUGUACGAGUGUGCGGGACUGCGCCGUAAUUGUGGGUAUGCCAUGGAAACAGGUAAAUUUUUCCAUAACCUUAUGGAGAGAAAGGACUUUGAGACAUGGCUUGAUAACAUUUCUGUUACAUUUCUUUCUCUGACGGACUUGCAGAAAAAUGAAACUCUGGAUCACCUGAUUAGUCUGAGUGGGGCAGUCCAGCUCAGACACCUCUCCAAUAACCUGGAGACUCUGCUCAAGCGGGACUUCCUCAAACUCCUUCCCCUGGAGCUCAGUUUUUAUUUGUUAAAAUGGCUCGACCCUCAGACUUUACUCACGUGCUGCCUCGUCUCUAAACAGUGGAAUAAGGUGAUAAGUGCCUGUACAGAGGUGUGGCAGACCGCCUGUAAAAAUUUGGGCUGGCAGAUAGAUGAUUCUGUUCAGGACGCUUUGCACUGGAAGAAGGUUUAUUUGAAGGCUAUUUUGAGAAUGAAGCAACUGGAGGACCACGAAGCCUUUGAGACCUCGUCUUUAAUUGGACACAGUGCCAGAGUGUAUGCACUUUACUACAAAGAUGGGCUUCUGUGCACAGGGUCAGAUGACUUGUCUGCAAAACUGUGGGAUGUGAGCACAGGGCAAUGUGUUUAUGGCAUCCAGACGCACACUUGUGCUGCGGUGAAGUUUGAUGAGCAGAAGCUUGUGACAGGCUCCUUUGACAACACCGUGGCCUGCUGGGAAUGGAGCUCCGGAGCCAGGACCCAGCACUUCCGGGGGCACACGGGGGCGGUGUUUAGUGUCGACUACAAUGACGAACUGGACAUCUUGGUGAGUGGCUCUGCAGACUUCACCGUGAAAGUAUGGGCUUUAUCUGCUGGGACAUGCCUGAACACUCUCACCGGGCACACAGAAUGGGUCACCAAGGUGGUCUUGCAGAAGUGCAAAGUCAAGUCUCUCUUGCACAGCCCUGGAGACUACAUCCUCUUAAGUGCAGACAAAUAUGAGAUCAAGAUUUGGCCAAUUGGGAGAGAAAUUAACUGUAAGUGCUUAAAGACGUUGUCUGUCUCUGAGGAUAGAAGUAUCUGCCUGCAGCCAAGACUUCAUUUUGAUGGCAAAUACAUUGUCUGUAGUUCGGCACUGGGCCUCUACCAGUGGGACUUCGCCAGUUAUGAUAUUCUCAGGGUCAUCAGGACUCCUGAGAUGGCGAACCUGGCGCUGCUUGGCUUUGGGGACGUCUUCGCCCUGCUGUUUGACAACCGGUACCUGUACAUCCUGGACCUGCGGACAGAGAGCCUGAUGAGCCGCUGGCCUCUCCCCGAGUAUAGGAAGUCCAAGAGGGGCUCCAGCUUCCUGGCAGGUGAAGCAUCCUGGCUGAAUGGACUGGACGGGCACAACGACACGGGCCUGGUCUUCGCCACCAGCAUGCCCGACCACAGCAUCCACCUGGUGCUGUGGAAGGAGCAUGGCUGAUUUCGGCGCCGGGGCUGCGGCUUUGGAGUGCAGCCUCUGGCAGCCAACUGCAUGAACCAAAGUUCUCACCUCAUGGUAUCAUCGCGCAGUGCACAAUCAUGUAUCUGUUUGCCGGGGGCAGGGCUCGGGGCGGGGGGCUCGUCUUGUGGACACACACCGCAGCACACUGACGGGGCGCACCGUUGGCUUCAUGUGUUCCUAGUUUGUGGGUCAGUGUGAGAGGCUGCAUCUGGGGUUCAUCGUUUAUUUGUCCUUAGUUAUGUGGGUCAGUGUGAGAGGCUGCAUCUGGGGUUCAUCUUUCUUGAAUAUUGGUUUUAAGUAAAGAAAUUUAAAUGGCUCAUUAAUCUGCUAAUUGGUUGCCUAUAAAAACACAGUCUAUUAUUAAAGCUUUUUACCAUUGCCUUUUUCUCUUUUGAAAUUGAAGCAAAGGUGCUAUGAUGUUGUUACAGCAACUUUUCUCACAUGGGGCUUAGCUUUUAUAACGACCCGUGUUAUAAAGACCACCGAGUUCUGUGACAUUCAUGCUCUCCACCAAAUACCAGUUCUAAAGAAAAUGUGUCUUCAGUGCAAAUCCACUUCUAUAGAUUGAUGGUUUGUGACACGUUUUAAGCCCUCGUUCUUGUCAGAGCCAAGGUCGGCUGUGUCUGAGAUGCACGAAGUUCUCUAGUCUUUGUUUCUGUGGAACAAGCUGGCUGGGUCACCUGCCACCUCCAUGACUGCAUAGAGGGGACACGGUUCAGUGGAAGGUGCCAAGCUGGCAGACUGAAGCCUGGCUCUGUUCCCUAGGAGCCCCGCAGCCCAGGAGUGCAGUUCUCUGGCCCCGUUUUCUCUGUCUGUAUAGCUAGUUGUUAGGCUGUCAUUUAUUUCUGGGAUUCUUUCUGGUCCUGUGUCUGCCGAGCUGUGCAAAAGUUGAUGCUUCAUUUUUGUCCGAUUGCUAAUUCGUUGUUUCUUGGCAUGAUGAUCUUGGAGAUCGUCUAUAAAUGAAAUCACUGAUACAGAGUUGUCAUCU